AUGGCAUCUCUGACUCAGAGUCCCUCGCAGCACAACUCAACGCUCACAAUUUCGCCGCUCGUGUCGAACCGACGCCAGGACUUCUUUGCAACCCCACAGAACCCCACGCUCUUUAACACGCCGGGCUCGAACAACAAUCUGACGUUUCUCACAACGAGCACGUUUGACCCGCACCCGCUAGCCAAUGCCGCCGCGCCGCUUUCGCAGGCGGAGAAGUUGCGGCUCUGGCGCCACGACGCAUGGAUGCAGCACCACUACAAGACGGCGGAGUACGUGGGCGACAAGGUGCUCGCGUUGACGGGUGACCCCAACGACGCGUUCUGGCUCGCGCAGGUGCACUACGCAAGCGGUAACUAUGUGCGUGCGCGGCAGCUCUUGCUGGGCAAGCAGUUCGACGCGUCGGUGUCGUGCCGCUACCUCGGUGCCCUCUGUCUCACGCAGCUCGGGCAGUGGGACGAGGCGCUCGACGUGCUCGGCGAGGUGAACCCGUUUUCAGACGCGUUCCCGGUGAAGAACCAGGACGGCGGCAUUAAGCUCGAGGCGUCCAUGUGCUACCUCCGCGGGCGUAUCUUUGCGCGCCAGAACGCAUUCGAGCGCGCCAAGGAAUGCUACAAGGAGGCGGUCAUGGUGGACAUCAAGUGCUUCGAGGCGUUUGCCGAGUUGGUUGAGAACCACCUCAUGGCGCCGCAGGAGGAAUGGGAGUUUCUCGCGGCGCUCACCUUUGACGACGACGAUGAGCUCGUUCGGCUCCUCUACACCACGCGCUUGAACAAGUACAUGCACCUCGGCCAGUACGAGGAUGCAGCGCAGCGCUUGCGUGACGAGUAUAGCUUAGGCGACAACUGCGACGUGAUGCUCAGCCGUGCGGACCUCUUGUUUGUGCAGUGCAAGUUCCAGGCGUGUCUCGAGGUGUGUGAGGCGGUGUUACGGCGCGACCGCUUCAACUUCAGCGUGCUCCCCAACUACCUCAGCUGCUUGCACGAGCUCGGAGGCAAGAACAAGUUGUUCUUGAUGGCGCACAAAUUGGCCGAGAACCAUCCCACAAGCCAUGUUACGUGGCUCGCCGUGGGGGUCUACUAUCUCAGCAUUGGGAAGAUCCCCGAGGCCCGCCGCUAUUUCUCCAAGUCCUCGCUGAUCAACCCCAACUUUGCGCAGGCGUGGAUCGGCUUUGCGCACACAUUCGCGGCCGAGGGUGAGCACGAACAAGCCAUUAGCACCUACGCCACCGCUGCACGCCUCUUUCCGGGCACCCACCUUCCCAACUUGUUCUUGGGCAUGCAGUAUCUCCAGAUGAACAACCUCGUGCUCGCGGAGGAGUACCUUGCGACGUCCUACUCGAUCUGCUCCACGGACCCGUUGUUACUCAAUGAGAUGGGCGUGAUCCACUACCACAAGAGCGACCUCAAGAAGGCUGAGUUCUACUUCAACCAGGCAUUGGCCGCUGCUAAGUACUUGAAUGCCGAUAGCAAGGCCUGGUUCUCCAUCCACGCCAAUUUGGGUCACGUGUACCGGCGCCUUGGCCAGUUCGACAAGUCGCUUCACUUCUUCCACCAGGUCUUGCGCGUUGGCGGCACUGAUGCCAACAUUCACUCUGCUAUCGGCCUUGUGCACUUGAAGAUGGGUGCCGUGUUCCAGGCUAUAGACACCCUCCACGACGCGUUGGCCAUCGCCCCGAAUGACCCCGUCGCCUCCGACUUGCUCAAGCGCGCGUUGGAAGAAAACAUGAACGGUGAGAACGAGGCCCUUCGCCGCACUAGCAGCCUGAAACCCCGCAAGCAACGCCACUCCAUGCAGACCCCGUUGGUGCACAAGUCCCGUUCGCGCAUGGAGCACGGUAACUCGUUGCUCAGCGACGACGUGAAUUUGCUUGCUAACGACUUACACAAGGGCGAAGAUUCCAGUGAUGACGACGACGCGAUUAUGGAUAUUGAAAGCGACUAG